AUGGCCAGCGACCUCAAUCCUCGGACGACGCACUACGAGUUCCUGGGGCCUCCAGGCGCCUUCCUCAUCUCCAUCGGCGUCCCCAUCGCCUCCUACGGCCUAUACUUUGGCUGCUCAGAGUCCGCUGGCGGCUGCCCGCCACCACUCUCUCUUUCCGUACUCUUCGACUCCGUCAUCCGGGCCGCGUCCAACCCCGCGUGGUGGAAGGGCCUCUGGGACACGGACGCGUCGCUGCUCUACCUUGGGUGGUACGCUUUUUGCCUGGUAGCGUGGGCCAUCCUCCCUGGGGACGCCGUCGAGGGCAGCACCCUCCGCACAGGCAAAAAACUGAGCUACAAAAUCAAUGCCUUUUCGACCUUCCUGUUGGCGCUGGGUAUCACGUCGGGCUGGAUCCUACGUAAUGGGCCUGAAUCGUUCACGUUCAUCUACGACAAAUGGGUCGGCCUGCUCACCGCGUCGCUCGUCAUGUCGGUCGUCCAAGCUGUCUACGUCUAUGCCGCGUCGUUCAAGCCGGGCAAGCUGCUUGCAUUGGGAGGUAACUCGGGGAACUUCAUUUACGACUGGUACAUCGGGCGCGAGCUGAACCCCAGGAUCGGGUCCUUCGACAUUAAGACCUUCAACGAGCUGCGCCCGGGGCUCAUCCUCUGGGUGCUCAUCAACAUCAGCAUGGUGUGCGAGCAGGCAACGCGGCGCGGCGGGUUCGCAAAUGUGACCGACUCGAUGUGGCUCGUGCUCGUGUUCCAGACGUGGUACGUCGCGGAUGGGCUGUACAAUGAGCCUGCACUCUUCACGACUAUGGACGUCACCUCCGACGGGUUCGGGUUCAUGCUCGCCGUCGGCGACCUUACCUGGGUGCCCUUCAUAUACAGCCUGCAAGCGCGCUACCUCGCCUUCCACCCCGUCGAGCUCGGGCCCCUCGGCAUCGCAGGCGUCCUCGCAGUCAACUUCCUCGGGUACUACAUCUUCCGCACCGCCAACGCAGAGAAGAACGACUUUAGGAACGGGCAGAACCCUAAGAACCUUAAAGCGAUGGAGACCAAGCGAGGCACCAAGCUGCUCGUCUCGGGGUGGUGGGGCCGCUCGCGCCAUCCGAACUACCUUGGCGACCUCAUCAUGGGCUUCGCAUGGUCUCUCCCCACCGGAUUCGAGACGCCCAUCACUUACUUCUACGUCGUCUACUUUGCCGUGCUCCUCAUCCACCGACAGCGCCGCGACGACGAGGCUUGCCAGAAGAAGUAUGGCGACGAUUGGACAAGGUAUACGAAGAUCGUGAAGUAUCGCAUCGUUCCGUACAUCUAUUGA